AAGAAGUAAACAAAAAACCAAUAUACAGAGAAAUUGACCUACAAAAGCGAUCGGAACACCCUCGAAAAGUUCAAAAUCUCAUAUAUAUAAUAUGUUCAUCAAAGUUACCUAGACAAGCGUCUGGAAGAAGCAGAAGACGAUGAUGCAGUAUCUAGUCCCAGAACCAAAAACAAAAGAGAUUGUGUUCGAGAAAGUGUUAUCAUGUGAUGGUUCAACAACUCUAGGAGAAGUCAAAAACUUAAGCUCCAUGCGUAAAGCAGUGGAGGAAUCUGUUAACAGAAGCAGCAACGCCACUAAUGCUAUUGCAAGAGAGAUGACCAGGGGACUUGCUUCUUCCUGUGAGCAGGAUCUCGAUAAACUUGGACAAUACCUUCCCUUACUCUUCAACUUAGUGCAUCACGCUGACAAGAUUAAACAUGUUCCUGGUCUUAAGAUAAGAUGGAGUAGUGGAUUGAUCUCUCAGACCUUGAUUCAGCGCAGGUGUCCCAAGUUCUUCCAAGUCGAUAACAUAAUGUUCGAGCUUGGAAUGGUACUUUACUUUUACGCAAUCAAGCUUCGUGAGAGAGCCAUGGAAUUAGUAUCCACAGAUGUUAAGAACUCAGUCACACUUUCCCGAGAAGCAUCUGGAGUAUUCCAUCAUCUUUCUCAUGAGCUUCUUCCUUCAUUGCUACCUUCUUUGCCUCAAGGGAAGCUUCCUGAACUAACUCCUUCACUUUGCUCCUCUUUAAGUCUCCUCUGUUUAGCUGAAGGUCAGGCUGUAACUACAAAGAACGCUGAAGAAAGCGGCAAAAGCGCAAGCCUAUUGUCAAAACUUCAUUAUGGUACUACACAGUUGCUUUCUGAAGCCUCUGCUCAUUUGUCAUCUAGUGCUAAUGGAGAGUGUAAAGACCUAUCGUCUCGCUUUCUGGAAUAUGUAUCAACAAUGAGAGCUUUACACGAGCUAAAGAGCCAAAAACACUUAGCGAUAGUGCUUGAAUCAGAAGAGAGAGUAGGUGAAGCAGUUGGUGUUCUCCGGCGUGCAUUAGCAGCGGCUAGGAGGAGUAUGCCGUCAAAAGAAGACAAGUGGAUAACCAUAUUCAAGAACGAGAGAGAUGAAGUAAUCAAAAAUAUGGUCAAGUAUGAGAAGCUAAACGAUUUCAUGUUACAGAGGACUCCAGUAGAGACAGAGUUACCUUUUCCAAAAGGUGAAUCGAUUGUUAAACUCAUUCCUUACAUUCCCACAAGAUGGGAACAAGAGCUUCGGUUUAAGUAGAAGAUUUAAUCAACUAUACUCUCUCCUUUUGGGCUGGGAUAACUGUGUGCCGUAUCUUACUAUUUUUUGUUUGGCCUUCUGAGGUAUGAAGAACAGAUUAAGUUGUGUAAUAGACUAAUUAAGUUCUAU